AUGGUCAAGCUAUCAGGUCUCAGCAGCGGACUUGCUGCUACCGCAGCGCUGGCAGUCGCAGGCUUACUCUCGCCUGUCCAAGCCCUUCCUUCGGCCAUCUCGCGCACUGCCGAUCUCGGUAUGGACCAGCUGCUGUCCGGGCGCACCGAUGCCAGCACCAAUGGCAGCGACUUCCUCUCCACACUUUCGCCUGGCCAGCGUCAUGUCUUUUCUACCUCGUUGUCCAUGCUCGACUCCAACUUUCAGCCUCCCUUCAUCUUUGCCUCGUCGCGCUACACUGCCUACUAUGCCGUGUCACUGCUGGCACGCAACGGUCCUGGUGACGCCGCCUUGGCCAAACAGCUUAUCCACAAUGCCAUCGCUGCGCAGUGGAAGAACUCGUCCGACAUCUGGUACGGCGCUUUCCUCGACCCAGACUCGCCCGCUCCUGGCAAGCUCAAUGCGCCCAAGAUCUAUGGCUCGUAUGAUGCCAACUCGAAUCUCUUUGUCGCCACCGCCUUCAUGCUGGCUAUAGAGGACUUUGGCCAUCUGAUGGAUCACGACACCAAGACUGCCGUCAUUGAGUCCGGCUACCGAGCCGUCGUUGGCGAUACCUACCGAGUGUUUGGCAUCGAUGACGAUAAUCUCACGCCUGCCUACACGAACCCAUGGCUGAUGAGGUGCAUGGCCAUGUCCUACUACGGCAAUCUCAAGAACGACGCCAACAUGACAUCGUACGCAGAGAGGUACGCCGGAGAGUUCUACUCGCUCUUCGACAUGUACGACACGUUAAGCGAGUUCAACUCGGGCACUUACACGGGCGUCUCGCUCUGGGCUCUCAGCUUGGGCGGCUACCUUCCCUCCAACACGACCAUGCACAAGCGUGCAGGUGACACAAUCACCAAGGUCUGGGCCAAGACCGCCGAGCUGUGGCAGCCGCAGCUCAACAGUCUCGGUGGCUCGUGGGACCGAACCUACGGGUUUGGCCUGUCGGACUACGUCAAUUUGCUCGGCUUCUACGUGGCGGGUCUCAACGACGGUUCUGCCAAGAGCUGGCCCGAGCCUUGGAAGCUGUCUGGAUCUCCCCAUGUUUCCGAUGCUGCCUUUGCCCCGCUGAUGGCCAUCACGAGCAAGUACCACGACCAGUACGUUUCUCAAAAGUCGCGCGAGUAUCUGCAGCCGUGCGCCGCUGGUACCAAGACGGGACGCUUGGUCAAGUCCAACGCCUGGUCGCCUCCUUUUGAUGCGGAUGUCAAGCAGUACGGCCCUCGCAACUACACGGCCUGGAUCGGCGACAAUGUCUCGGUGGGCGGUACGGAGAUCGAUGAAGCUGUCAUAGGUGGUCCGGCCAAGAACCCGACCGCCUUCACCCCGGCGGUCAUGCUUUGGGCGACUCCCGACACGCAUGGGCUCAAGUACGCUCAACCCAAAGCAUCCUGGCUGUCGCUCUACCCGACGACCCAGACCAUCUCGGCGACCGCUUCGUCGUCCAACCUGACCAUCCGCUUCCCUCAUUCGAAAGCGUUUGCCGCCAACUACACUGUACCCACUCAGAUGACGCUCAUGGUGGGCACGAGCCCGCUGAACAACCUGCCGAGCAACUUUUUGGUUUCGUCCAACUCGACCAACGGAACCCUGCCUGGCAUCGAGCUAACGCUGAGCGGAAAUGUGGCCUCGAGCGCAGUUAACCGUUCGCUGACAUUCGACAGCUCCAAGAACGUCAAUGGAUUCUACUACUACAAUCUCACGUUCGCGCUCGGUGGUCUUCCGCAGAACACUGUGCCCGAGCUCGUCGUCUCGUAUAAGCUGCCCUAG